CGUCUUCGAGGCCGGUGGCCGUCGACCUCCUUGCCGCAAUGCCUUCCUGGAACGACGAGGAAACCAGCUCGGAGGAGGAGUGCGAGGUUGUCAGCAUGGACAUGGGACUUAUGGAGGAACCAGACACCACUGUGGAGCCCCUUUUCUGUGGCCAACUUGAGCUUGCUCAUCCCAAGUGCAUUCUGCACCAACUGAGGCCUAUUAAGCGUGUUGCUUUUGAAGGGCCUGUAACAGGAAGGCGUUUCUAUGGCUGCCCAGUCCAGGAAAAUGGUGUGAAUUGUGGUGUUGUAGAGUGGGUUGAUGGGCCUUGGCCAACUUUUCUUCAGAGAUGUUUGUGCAAACUAUGGGAGAUGUUCCAUGAGCAGAACUUUGGAAGGGUACAGGACAAGCAGAAGUUUGAGAAGGAAUUGUCCAGGCUUAAGAGUGAACAUGAAAGGGAGUUGGCCAAGCUUAGGACUGAAAAUGACAAGCUUUGCAUUGAGUACACCAAGCUUGUUGAUGAUGUAUCCAAGAUGUUUGAUUGGCAGGAUGGUAGGGUGGACAAGAAGGUGUACCAGAAACAAGUGGAGGAGGAAGAACUUGAGAAGAAGAAGAAGGAGCUAGAGGAGAAAGCUAUGUUGGAGGUGCAGAUGGAAAAGCUCAAACUUGCAAAAGAGCAGAGGUGCAUUUUGCAGAGCCAAGCUGAUAUCAUCAAGAACACCAAGAAGGCUAUGAAGGCUGUUGAAGUUGACAGAGAUGUUCUUAAGAAGGAGAAGGCAAAGCUUGAGCUUGUUGUUGCUGAGCUGCUGAAAGAAGGGUAA